AUGGCCACCUUCACGCGACGACUCACGCCUCUACGCUUCCGAUGGAUUGACAAGGCAAACCGCAGUGCUCUCAGUGCGACCGGGUGCAGGAGAUACUCUCAGAAAGCUCCAGCGCUCGAAGCCUCCGAUUUUGAUUUCGGGGAAUACAGCGUUAUUUUGCCAGAGGAACCUUUCGUGUUUGGUGUAUCUCAUAUAACACCUCGGCUGGUUCCUGAGGCCAUACUGCGACCACCCUACGCAUCGAGCACAAAGUUGCCAGGCGACCCAUAUGCCUACCCGCCCAAUGCUUGUAUACCAUUGGGCGGAAGUGAAGAACAGCGUGUAAGGAAGUCAGGCGCCUUAGCCAAAGCGGUGCGUGACUACGCGGGCACACUGGUCAAGGUCGGCGCUACGACCAAUUCGAUUGAUGCUGCUAUCCAUGAAUUCAUAAUAGCAAAAUCAGCAUAUCCGUCUCCGCUAUUGUAUCGCGGGUUUCCUCGAUCAUGCUGUACAAGCAUUAAUAAUAUCAUAACCCAUGGUAUUCCAGACGACCGCCCACUUGAAGAUGGUGAUAUAAUAAAUAUAGAUAUUACAGUCUAUCUGGAUGGUUUCCACGGCGAUACCUCUCAAACGUUCCUUGUUGGCGAAGUGGAUGCCAAAGGCAGGGAAUUGGUAGACUUGACCAAUAAAGCUCUACAUCAUGGCAUCGCUGCCUGUGGGCCAGGGAUGCGCUUCCGAGAUAUAGGGCAAGCCAUUCGUGAGUCCAUCAAAGGAUUCGACGUAUCCAUCUCUCCGCAGUUUACCGGCCACGGCAUUGGUUCUGUAUUCCACCACCCGCCGUGGAUCAUCCAUGAUAUAAAUGAUGAGCCGGGAGUAAUGGCCCCAGGUCAUUGUUUCACUAUUGAGCCUGCCUUGAUACAAGGAUCCAAACCAACUGCAUGGAUAUUUCCGGACGGCUGGACUGCUUCCACUGAGAAUUGCGCUCGCAGCGCACAAGCUGAGCACAUGGUCCUUAUAACGCCCGAUGGUGUUGAUGUGCUGACCGCAUAG